GCAGACGGCUCAAGGACAGAGACGGAGGAGGAUGCUGGAAUCGACCUGUCGCUUCUGAAAGAACUGGGAAGGAGCUCUUUGGUCAAUGCCCUCAAUUCUGUGAGCGGCGUCAAAACGCUCGUGCUUGAUCCAUCCAUUGCUGGACCGCUGGGAUUGCUCACUGAGGUGUCCCUACUGAAGCACCAUGGCGUGGAUAAAAUGUUCUGGUUAGAAGCAGGACCUCUAUCGUCAAGUACAACGAAUGUGGUAUAUCUAACACGUCCGAAAAUCAAAUGGAUUAAGAUAAUUGCAGAUCAAAUCAAGCGCCAUGCCCGUGAAGGGAAGCAGCAUGUAUACACGCUUUUCCUCGUUCCACGGACGUCUACGCUCGUAACGCGUGUUCUAGAGGAGGAAGGCGUCUUGGGCGAAGUCAACGUUUCCGCCUUCAAUAUGCAAUUCAUACCCAUUGCGGACGACGUCGUAUCCUUGGAACAUGAGAACGCCUUCAAAGAGAUUUGGGUUGACGGAGACGAAACUAUUGUUUAUGACUCUGCGCAAGCACUCGUGACUUUCCAGAGGGUAUACGGGAAAUUUCCACGAAUCGUUGGGAAGGGAAAUUGUGCUGGCCGCCUUACGGGUCUGCUUUCCCGGCACCUAGAACAAGCGACCAGAGAUUCUGCAUCAGAAACUCUGCUUAACUCUUCGGACAAGCUCGACUCUCUUAUUAUUUUAGAUCGACGAGUGGACAUGAUAACACCAAUGAUAACCCAGCUGACGUAUCAAGGAUUAAUCGACGAAGAGCUUGGGAUUAAAAACUCUCAUGUCGAACUCCCGGUCUCAAUUGUGACUCCUCCGAAUCCACAGGGAGCUUCUAACCCUCCGAACACCAGUACGCCCGCUGCAUCCUCGCUGGUGAAGGAACCGAAAAAGAAAUACCAUCUCAAUGCAUCCUCUGAUCCGCUAUUCGGCGAAUUGAGAGAUCUGAAUUUCUCAUCGGUAGGGAAGACGUUGAAUAAACAUGCUCGAAGGCUGGACGAAGAUUAUAAGAGCAGAUUGCAAGCGAAAACCGUUGCUCAACUGCGAGACUUCGUAGGAAAGCUGAGCGGUUUACAGAUAGAUCACCAGAGUCUGCGUUUGCAUACUGGCUUGUCCGAAUUACUCGUACCUGUGACAAGGACUGUGCGAUUUCUGAAAGUAUUGGAAAUUCAGCAAAACCUUCUUUCCUCUUAUGAAAUCUCGACCCAGAUCUCUGCUAUCGAAGAUUUGAUAGCACAAGGCGAAAGCAUACAAAUGGUUCUGCGACUUCUUUGUCUAGCAAGCAUAGUCAACGGCGGUAUUAAGAAUAAGGUUCUUGAAAACCUUAAGCGGGAGAUACUUCAGGCUUACGGCUAUGAGUACCUUCCUCUCAUAUUAUCAUUGUCUUCCCCACCUCUGGGUCUCAUCCUCACGAAUCCCAUUCCGAGUUCGUCCGCAUCAUUAUCAGCGCUGAAAAUCCCCUACCCUUCAUUGCGAAAGUCAUUGCGCCUAGUAGCAGAAGACGAGCACGAAAAUCCGGACGAACCGGCGGAUAUCAGUUAUGUAUACUCUGGUUAUGCACCAUUGAGCAUUAGGCUCGUGCAAUGCGUGGUGCAGAAGGGAGGUGUGCUCAGUGUCCCUGGUUCAAGUGAUGGUGGGGAUGGUGCAAAGAAGGGCAAGUCAUCAGCACUAAAUAAAGCGAGGGCGCACCCUAUCUUAGGUUGGAAGGGGUUUGAAGAUGUGCUGGAGAGCCUGUCUGGAGAGACCAUCGACGUAUUUCAAGCUGGUCAGAAUGUACGCGGUUCCGAUGCUAUCCACAGCCUUUCCUUAGGUACGGGAGAAAGAACGUCAACGUCUGUUGUAUUCUUCCUGGGCGGAUGCACCUAUACUGAGAUUGCGGCUUUACGGCUGAUCAGCCGACAGAUUCAGGGCCGUCGAAUUUUAAUAGCGACGACGGGCAUUAUCAGUGGCUCAUCGCUCAUAACUGGAAUGGCCAGUGGGUUGGAGGGAGAUGUGGCAGGCAAGGGUGCCGUACCUUCGUAGAAGGGUAACUGCUGUGACAGAAGGGCCUUCUGGAAUCAUCAGACCAAGACGAUUGGCACUGCAGUUAACUUUGCUUUGCUUAUGUGUAUGAUUG